AACACCCUCAGCUGCUGGCUGAGAUACUGGGAUCUGAGGGCCUUCAUGCCCCAGGACAGUCCGGGUAGAUAGAGGAGAGGAGGUGGGACAGGGGAGACAGAGGAGAAGGAGGAGGAGGUAGCAGUAUUUUGGGAUGAGGGACUCCUAAAUUAAGCGAGCUGGAGUAAAGAUGUAGUGUGAAUGGGAAGCAGAACAAGGAGUGUGCUGUGCUGCAGAGUGUGGUGGAGUGGAGUGGGGCAGACCAGGAGCCGGGUGGACUGACGGACACACAGGCGGCCUGACGGAGCUGCAGGGGUGACUCCAGAGGGGAGACGGAGCCCGAGUUGUACUCUGGGUCAGAAAGAUGCCCUCUCGCUGUAGGACUGCACUGCAUAUCGUGACUACCACCCUCUUCGCUGCGGUGGUCCUGUUUGGGAUCCUGCUGGCCUAUGUGACUGGCUAUCAGUUCAUCCACACAGAGCAGCACCACCUGUCCUUCGGCCUGUACGGAGCCAUCCUGUCCCUGCAUCUUUUCCUCCAGAGCCUGUUUGCCUUCCUGGAGCACAGACACAUGCGCAGCCCCGCCCGGCCCCAGCACCUGCGGCGCUCCGUGGCCCUGUGCAUCGCAGCCUACCAGGAGGACCCAGACUACCUGAGGAAGUGCCUCUGCAGCGUGCGCCGCAUCUCCUUCCCCAGCCUGAAGGUGGUGCUGGUGGUGGACGGGAACAGGCCGGAGGACCGCUACAUGAUGGACAUCUUCCAGGAGGUGAUGGGUGGAGCGGACCAGGCCGGCAGCGUGGUGUGGAGAGGGAACUACCACAGUGACGGGGGCGGAGGUGGAGGGGUGGGUAGAGGGGGGGCUGGAGCAGCGUCCCUGCAUGCACAGGAGGCUGCACGUGUGGCCAUGCUAGUGAGGGGCUGCCGCUACUCCUGUAUUAUGCAGGAGUGGGGAGGGAAGAGAGAGGUGAUGUACACAGCCUUCAAAGCCCUGGGAGACUCUGUGGACUAUAUGCAGGUGUGUGACUCAGACACAGUUCUGGAUCCAGCGUGCACCAUAGAGAUGCUGAAGAUUCUAGAAGAGGAUGCAAAGGUGGGCGGAGUAGGUGGAGAUGUUCAGAUCCUGAAUAAGUAUGACUCGUGGAUCUCCUUUCUGAGCAGUGUGCGUUACUGGAUGGCCUUCAACGUGGAGCGGGCCUGCCAGUCCUACUUUGGCUGUGUGCAGUGUAUCAGUGGUCCCCUGGGCAUGUACCGCAACUCCCUUCUGCAGCAGUUCCUGGAGCCAUGGUACCACCAGACCUUCCUGGGCAGCAAGUGCAGCUUCGGUGACGACCGCCACCUCACCAACCGCGUGCUCAGCUUCGGUUACAAGACCAAGUUCACGGCCCGCUCCAAGUGCCAGACUGAAACGCCAACGCGCUACCUCCGCUGGCUCAACCAGCAGACCCGCUGGAGCAAGUCCUACUUCAGAGAGUGGCUGUACAACGCCCUCUGGUUCCACAAACACAGCCUUUGGAUGACAUACGAGUCUGUGGUGACGGGCUUCUUCCCCUUCUUCCUGGUUGCCACAGUGAUCCACCUGUUCUACCGCGGGCGCCUGUGGAACAUCCUUCUCUUCCUGUUGACAGUGCAACUGGUUGGCAUUGUGAAGGCCACCUACGCCUGCUUCCUGAGGGGCAGUCUGGUCAUGAUCUUCAUGUCUCUCUACUCCCUCCUCUACAUGUCCAGCCUGCUGCCAGCCAAGAUCUUUGCCCUGCUCACUAUCAACAAGGCUGGCUGGGGCACGUCAGGGCGGAGGAAGAUUGUGGUGAACUUCAUAGGGGCGGUGCCCGUCACGGUGUGGGGGGCUGUGCUGCUGGGUGGGGUUGCCUACACCAUCUACUGUGAGACCCAGGAGCCCUUCAGUGAAACAGAGAAAGCCCUUCUCAUCGCUGGGGUCAUCCUGUACGCCUGCUACUGGCUCAUUCUGCUGGUUCUCUACCUGGCUAUAGUGGCCAAGCGCUGCAACAAGAGGGAGGAGCAGUACCACCUGCCGUACGCAGAGGCAUAAGACAUGGAUCCUUGUUCAGUCCUUUAUGGUGCUGCUAGAACAGCUGAGCCAGUCUGUGGCCCCACCACUCUGUCUCCAUGGUGCUAAACCUCUGGGACCUAUGUGGUAUGAAUGCGUUGUAGAAUGACAAUGGAUGGACAGUUCUCACAUUAACCUGGGAGACUUGGUUAAGUAGGUAACAAACCUUUUCUACAGUACAGAGUCCUUUAGCAGUGGGCAUGGUGCUUACCAUGGAUAUAAAGCACAUUAUCAUACAGCCCGUUUGGCCACGGUGGGACAAGGUGGGGCCUGGAUAUACCAGAGAUCAUAAGAGCUAUGACAUGGUGUGUGUGUCAGUAUGAAUAGUUUGAAGCAAUGUUGAUAUGUCACCAACUUGACUAGAAUGACUGAAUAUACAGUCUUUCUUACCGUUUUGAAAGAUGCAUUGAGCUGAGGGCCC